UACUUCGUCAAAAAGAUUUCUCGUGGAACCGUAAAACGACGUAUUGCAUAGAUGGCGGCACCUACUAUCCGUCUAUGGCAGCGCCCGUGAAACAGUCGUGAGAUUUACAUUUGCUUCUAAAUCGACAUGGUUUUCCUAACCGCCGUCAGGUUUCUACGCCAGCCUAGUCCCGACAGUUGGUGGAAGCGAAAUAGAAUAUUUCAGAUGUCAAAAUAUUUCUAUGGCAGGAACAGGAAUUGUUAUUCGCUUGCAAUCAGAGCUGUCCACAAGGCACUGGAUCGGGCGCGUGUGACUCGAGUAGCGCAAGGAAGUGACGCGCGGCAGCUGGCCAUCACUAGAAUUCAUUCAGCUGCGCUGGAACAUGGAAUGGAGUACCGCAUCUUCAUAUCAAGUUUAAACAAGUGUCACAUUGCCUUAAACAGACCCAUUCUCUCUAGUCUAGCCAUAUACGAACCACGAACAUUCAAGAGUUUGGUGGAGUUGUGUCAGACGAAGUCGAUCGAGGAUGGCCUCGACACGUUGAACAAGCGUCCGGAGCACAUCAUAACGAGGGGCAUGUUGUGAUGGCUGCUGCCCAGACCGCAGACAGCACCCUUUACCGGUUCCUGCCCUCUCGACAGCACCCCCUGCUGGAUUCUACCCUUUGACAACGCCCCCUGUUGGUCUCCGCCUCUCGAUAGUGACAAACGAGCAUUGAAAGAUCGUUCGUGAUCCUCGGAUUCUCGACUUGGCAUCCGUUAGGGUUGCCAUGGCGACGAGAUGCCUGCGGUUCGCUAACUUUGACGUAAGCGCGUGUGUACGACUAUGGCAGUCAGGUUUGUAUUAGCUUCGUUAUCGUGAGUGUUUUGAAAUGUAGUGUGGUGUAAAUAUGGGAACGGGGGUGGGGGAGUGGUGGAUGAAACACACGUGAGAUUCAUCCAAUUACCGAACCACACUUUAGCAGCCGAAGUGUUGUCUAGAUUCCAACGAGCGCGCGCGUAUUUUGCUCACACCUCCAGAGGGAGGAAGCGACCGUGUUAGCUCUCGUGCAUAUUUCGACGCUACAUCUUCUCACACGUCGUAUUACCGAGAUAUCACGUCAUAUCGUCGAUGGCCGAGCGGAGAUGCGGGCGCGGUUUUCGUGAGAGGACGCACACCAUUGCUAAAUAUACUUAUAGGGACUUUGGAACCCGAACAAUCUGGUUUUCUUCCUGGGGAAACGAAACGAGGGUGUGGGUUCAUGUGACGUGGUCGCGUUACGUUGUAUGUAGUAAUCGUAUAUUUCGUUUUAGGAAAACAUUGAGAGUAUCUAUAUAAUAA